UCCUUUAUUCCGUCACUUCCUUUAGCCGACCACCGACAUGCCUGCUGGAGAACCUGUUAUCGUUAUGUGCUAACCACGUUUUGAAAUGGAUGUUUUUAUUUGUAUUUUACCAAUAGUGUCGGUCGAUUAAACAACACCGCGAUUUCGGGUGCUUCUCCUCCACUUUAUCUAGUCUGUUAGAUCGGCCUAGCGAAUACAUUUAAACUUUAACCAUUCACUAACGCACUUUGUGGCCCGCCAAAAAGCUAAGCGGGGACGACUAGGAAGUCCCCCCGUCGGUCCUCUUUGUCGGUCCAUAGCAGCGCAGCCCGCCGAGGAGAAUGAGUGGAGGUGGGUUCAGCUUCGGCCAGUCCGCUGCCGGGGGGUUCGGGUCUUUCGGAGCCCAGAAACCCGCGCAGACAGCGGCUCCCGCAACGGCGUUCGGCAUGGCGACCUCCACGCCCGCCGCGGCUGGAGGAGGCUUUUCGUUCGCGACCGCCAGCCCCGCUCAGCCCGUCCAGUCAAACCCAGCCGGGGGCUUCAGCUUCGGCACCCCCGCGAAGAGCACUGCUGGCGGCGGCGGCGGCUUCUCGUUCGGGACCCCCACCCCCACCCCCGCGUUCAGCCUGACAGCUACCCCCCAGCCCGCAGCAACAGGGCUCACGAUGGGUACCACCACAGCAGCCCCGGCUCAGGGUUUCUCACUCGGCGGAGGUCUCACAGCUCAGAGCACCAUGGCAGCACCGGCCGGAGGGGGCUUCAGCUUUGGAGCAGCCGUCCAGCCGCAGAUGCAGGCUCAAAUGCAGCCACAGAUGCAGGCUCAGAUGCAAGCUCAGAUGCAGCCUCAAAUGCAGGCUCAGAUGCAGCCUCAAAUGCAAGCUCAGAUGCAGCCUCAAAUGCAAGCUCAGAUGCAGUCUCAAAUGCAGGCUCAGAUGCAGCCUCAAAUGCAGGCUCCGAUGCAGGCGCAGGCCCCCGCAGCGGCUGCACCUGGAGGCCUGGGGUUGGGGGGAUUCAGCUUCGGUUCGGCCAAGGUCCAGAUGACCACCGCGUCGGCAACGCCCCCUGCUGCGGCCGGUGGGGGCUUCUCCUUCGGCAACGCUGCUGCGUCUACCCUCUCCAUGGGAGUCCAGCCCACCCUAGCAGCGGCCCCAACAGUAGCAGCAGCGCCCAUGCAGGGUGGAGGAGGGUUCAGCUUCGGGAUCAAGCCAUCAUCUACACCCGCCCCCGCCUCCAUCGCCCCCGCCACCCAAGCGGCUCCCACCCUAAGCUCCUCCCUCUUCUCCAUGCCGAUCCCCACGUCCACCCCCAACCCGGCAGCCACCGGCUUCUCCCUGGGGGGCGCCGUGGCGACGGCGGCGAGCGUGGCCCCGACCGCCACAACGGGGGGCCUGGGCGUCAUGCUGAAGCCCCUUGGUGCGGCGACGGUGGCGCCCACGCCGGUCGCCACAUCCGCCGCCGUCGCCGCCCCCAUCACUGGCAUCGCCACGGGCUUCUCGCUGGGGAGCAUCAAGCCCACGUCCAUCGCGAGCGGCGUGGCCUCGCUGGCCACCGCCACGGCCGUCGCGGCGGCGGCCAUGCCGCCGGCCAUGUCGUACGCCCAGCUGGAGUCGCUGAUCAACAAGUGGAGCUUGGAGCUGGAGGACCAGGAGAGGCACUUCCUGCAGCAGGCCACGCAGGUGAACGCCUGGGACCGCACGCUGGUGGAGAACGGCGAGAAGAUCACGUCGCUGCACAAGGAGAUGGAGAAGGUGAAGCUGGACCAGCGGCGGCUCAACCAGGAGCUGGACUUCAUCCUGUCGCAGCAGAAGGAGCUGGAGGACCUGCUGUCGCCGCUGGAGGACUCGGUGCGGGAGCAGAGCGGCACCAUCUACAUGCAGAACGCCGACGAGGAGCGGGAGAAGACCUACAAGCUGGCGGAGAACGUGGACGCCCAGCUGAAGAGGAUGUCCCAGGACCUGAAGGAGAUCAUCGAGCACCUCAACACGUCCAGCGGCCCGUCGGACACCAGCGACCCGCUCCAGCAGAUCUGCAAGAUCCUCAACGCCCAUAUGGACUCCCUCCAGUGGGUGGACCAGAACUCUGUGCUGCUUCAGCGGCGGGUCGAGGACGUCUCCAAGCUGUGUGACAACACGCGGAAGGAGCAGGAGAAGACCUUCCGCCUGACCUUCGACUGAUCCAACAUAACUAACCGGCGUCGGCGCGGGUUUGAUUUUGGUUUUGUUUUUUCACUGAAGCAUCAUAAUUGAUUUCAAAUGCUCUUAUUAAACCCUACUUUCUGUUUCCCUGUUGUUUUGUUGAAUGCUUAUUUCAACGUCUUAUAAAAUAUUUUCAUUGUCCAGGUUUAUAUUUUUCACGCCAAAUCCAAUUAUGGGAUUUGUGGCUUCGAUUUGUGUUCGCACCGAACCGACCCAAAGGCAAUAUAUAAUAGUUUCAUUGACAGAAUGUGUUUGAUACAUAACCAAUAAAUGUCCUUCAGCGAAAACAUGUAUUUUUCUUUAACCUGUAAUAUUGACUUUACUUGGAAUGUGUUUAUUGUAGACAAAAAGAUGUAUGAGGUUACUAACUAUUUUGAGACUUGACAUUUAAUAAAAAUACAAGAG